UCUACCUCUCUCCAUGGACCUCAAUAGGAAAAGACCGAUUCGCUGUCGCUAUUUCCAUCCGGAUGGUACCCCCAAGGGCGAGGGAUGCGGCAAGGGCACCCUCUGUGGCUUUCAGCAUCCGAAUGACCCGGGCUGGGCAGACGCGUAUCUCGCGCGCCCCUUUGUGUCAAAGUCCCGAAAUUACGCCUCUGAGGGCUGGGGGAACAGCGAACGACGAAGACCUUCACCACCCAGACGGUCGUCCCCACCACGAAGAUCCUCGCCGCCUCCAUACAAGUCUGCACGACCCCGCUCGUCCUCACCACCCUCAGGCGCGCGGCCACGGUCUCGCAUCCCCUCCGCAUCCAGUCGCCGGGACGACUCGCCACCCCCGCGUCGCCGAUCGCGCGACCGUGACAUGGAUGUGCGCAUAGGUCAGAAGCGCCCACGCAACGCGUCUUGGAGUCGCGAACGCAGCUCAAGCCCGCGCAGAGGCCCUCGUUACGAUGACGGUCGAUCGCGCGAAGGUCGGCGGAGAAGCGGGAGCAGAGGGAGGGAGAGAAGUCGCGAGAGGACCCGGACGCGUACGGACGAGCGGGAGAGGAGCAGAGAGUCGCGACGAAGGGAGGAAAGUGGAGG